GCGCAAGUAGUGAAACACUCGCCUCCCACGAAAUACAUCGAACCCAUCACGACCUGAGCCAUGGCGCCCAAAAAGCUUAAGAAGCGGAAAGCCAAGUGUGUCAAAGCGCAGGAGCCAGACGCACCAAGUGGCGUGGUGGCUGAAAGCAUCGCAACUGAAGAGCUGGUGCCAGAGAAAGCUGAAAAGAAAGCUCCCGCCAAAGUGCCUCCGCCGAAGAGGCGCCGCGGCGCCGCGGAGGCCGCGGAGGCCGCGGAGGCCGAAGGCGGCGAGGCGGCGAAGGUGGACAGGAGAGGUGUGAUUCACUUGGCCUCCAUCCCACUGGUGAUGGGCUUUCAGAAGCUGCGACAUCUCAUGGAGCAGUUUGGGGAAGUGGGACGCGUCUACCUGGCACCUGAGGAGCCGAGGAAGCAGAUGAGUCGCAAGCGCGCGGGCGGCAACCGAAAGGUGCGCUACACCGAAGGCUGGGUCGAGUUCAUGGAUCGUCGCAUCGCCAAGCGGGUUGCUGCCACCUUGCAUGGGAGCACCAUUGGAGGGAAGAAGCGGCACAACUUCUUUCGUGACGACAUGUGGAACAUGCGCUACCUGCCCGGCUUCAAGUGGCACAUGCUGAAAGAGGGCGCCAUUUACGAUCAGCAAGUUCGAAAAGCACGCCUGCAGCAAAAGAUCAGCCAGGCUACGAGAGAAAACAGCUUCUAUUUGGAAAGCGUGGAGAAGGCGAAAACCCGCCAGAGGAUCGCCGAGCGCCCCGCCAAGAAGAGACACGGAGCUGCUGAUGCCGCGCCGAGCGGUUCUUCGACGGCGAAGCCCACAGCAAUGGUGCGGCCGGGUGGGAGGCCAAGCACAGCAGGUUCCAAUCUAACCGGUGGGAUCUCGGACAAAGUCUUGAACCAGCUCCUCUGAUUGGCUGUGGAGCGUCGACGCUCCGGCGCGAAGGUGCCCAGGUGCCCCCACCGGGUCGCGUCUGCUUCUGCUCUGCCGCAAGUCUGAUUCGGAG